AUGUCGAUGUCGUGCUCCGACGUGGUCACCAUAUGUGGCCUCUUCGCCGUGCAGUGCAUCUACGGCCUCUACAUGAUGUUCCUCAGCGCCCUGCUCGCCGCCGGCGUGCCCUCCCUCUUCAUCACCGUCGUCGCCUGCGCCGCUUCCUCCAUCGUGGUCCUCCCCUUCGCUCUCGCCCUCGAGAGGGUGUCAAUAUACCAAAGUCAUCGUGAUGCUCGGUGUGGCACGCACCUCGCCGGCGAUCGCCUCCGCCAUGCCUAA